AUGGAAGUAGGAAAAUAAUAAUAAUAUUAUUUAAAGGAUGCAAAUAGUAUAUUUAUGAAAGAGCAUGCUUUUAGUAAAUCAGAAUAAGAGGAUGAAAACAGUUCGAUUUCAACCAGAAGCUAUGAAAUGAAAGUGACAAAGCUAUGGGGAUAAAAUUAUAAUAACAAAUGCGUAAAAACAUAAACAAUAAUUAAAAUUAAUGGCGAAGCCUUCUCUGAAAGCAUAGAAGAAAACGAAAACAUCAAUAAGCACAACCAAUAUACACUUAAAACAAAUAAUCUGAUUAAAAACAUUCUUAAACAAUUCUAUAAGUUUUUGAUAAAAAAAUAAAAUAUUUAACUGGUUUCUGAAUUUAUUUUCGAAAAACCUGCGCCAUAUUCAAUCAAACUCGUUAAGAAAUAUUUUGACAAAUUCAAUUAUAAUAACUUUUCCCUUAUUAAAAUAAUAAAGCAUUAAAAUUAUGGCAGGGGUUUUGAAUAUUUUUUAACAUUUGAAGCGCUUGAUGUACUAUAAUCAAGUAAAGUGAAGAAUAUGUAGUAGCAUAUAGAUUGUAUUUAAUACCUCAAAGAAUGCUGUGUAAAUCAAGAACAAAUAAAUGAAAUAAACUUUUAUAAAAAAAAUAAAUGCUUCUAGUUUUGA